AUGGUGUUGCUGAAAAACGUCUCUCCACCGAGCGAAGGCGUUAGAUACGAACAGUCUGAAACUACUGUGGUCUUGGACGGCAAAGGUCUUGGAUCUGGGACCUUGUACGUAGCGGAAACCCGCUUGUCGUGGUUCGAUGAGUCUGGAAAGGGCUUCUUUGUGGAAUACCCGACAAUCAGCCUCCAUGCCAUCUCACGAGACAUGAAGGCGUACCCACAGGAGCACCUGUACGUGAUGGUCAACACCAAACUGAACGAGGACAGUGAAAUGCAGGAGAAAGUUGAGCAAACCCCUGAGAAAGAAGAUGCAGGCAGCAGUGACGAUGACGACGAUGAAGAUGAUGACGAUGACUCCUCAGGCCCCGUCACAGAGAUCCGCUUUGUGCCCAGUGAUAAAACUGCCUUGGAGCCUAUGUUUUCUGCCAUGUGUGACUGCCAGGCCUUGCACCCAGACCCUGAAGACUCAGACUCAGACUUUGAGGGAGACGAGUAUGACGUGGAGGAGGCUGAGCAAGGCCAGGAGGACCUUCCCACUUUCUGCACUUAUGAAGAGGGCCUCUCCCAUCUCACCCUGGAGGGCCAAGCCACACUGGAGCGGCUGGAGGGCAUGCUAGCCGAAUCGGUAGCCAAUCAGUCCCGCAUGGCCGGAGUCAGAACUGAGGACAGCUGUGCAGGACGUGAUGAUGGGAUAGCGGCGGGCUCUGGCACUGCUGCUGAGGUUGGCCAGUUUGAGGACGCAGAUGUGGAUCACUGAUUGCAGAGAGUUUUCCUAUUUCCAGUCUACUGAAGCACUUGAUGAGGGGAAGCUGAAGAAUGACUUUUUUGACUGUAAUCCCUGUCAAGGCACUGAAUCAGUUUAGUUUAUUUGUAGCUCGUAUCUGACAUUCACCAGCUAAUUCUUUGUCCUUGGGCUCAAAGUUCCAUUGUACUUUACAUGUGUGUUACCUUUGCGUGUCCCUUACAUGUGCAGAGAAUAAUUCCAUCAGUCCUUGUAUAAAAUCUGUUGUAUAAUAAAACAUUUGUAUCCACAAGAUUGUUUGAAAUAAUGAGUUACUCAAAUCCACCUGUGAUGGUAACUGGGAUUCAGCUGGAUGCCAUGUUCCUAUCCAUCAUAAUGUCUUAUUUUCUCAUAGGCCUUUGUGCUUUUGCAGAUCCUGUUCUACUGCCCUGCCCUUUCCUAAAGGUAUAUAUUUAUGACUACAAUGCUGUUUUUGUAGUCAAGCUGAUGUCAUUUGUACUAAGGAGGACAACUGUACUCUGAAGGAAGGGUGUUGGUCCAAAUUUUUUCCAUUUUUUAUGGCUCAAUUUAACAGAUUAAAUCUCCACGACAAUCUUUUAGAAGUGGCGUCAGCAAUUUUGAGAGAUGAUGGGACUUUUCCCCCUUUACAAGUAACUAAUUACAGAUUAUGUAAAAAGGGUCAAUUUGCUCCAAAAUCAUACCGCUUGAUAAUCAGUCCAAACUGUUUCUCAUAAAAACUCAAAAUCUAAAACGUGACACUAAUGGAAAUAACUGUAGAGUCACAAAAAUGAAUUGGAACCAAGAUUAUGAACUGCAGAGUAAGAAGGCAUGUGAGCAUUUCAUUAUUGCUUUGUCUGUGUUGAUCUGUGUGCAAUUGGGAAUGAAAUGCCAUGCACCAUGUUGAGCAGAGAAUAAAAUGGAUAUUUGAAGUUGCUGCCUACAGUAAAAAUUAAAUGGCAUAAAUGCAUCUGAGCACAUUCCUGUAAAGUUGGCUAAAUACAAAAUAUUUUGUAAAUAUUUAAACUCUUUUUCAAAGUGACUGUUUGGCAUAAGGUACUUUUCUCCAUAUCUUUCAAAAAAUAAAAUAAAUACAUUCCUCU